AUGAAAACUGAUAUCAGUCCGCAGUUUAUAUCAGAACUGUUUGAAAGGUACCUAAACGAGACUGGUAUAAAGCAUGGACGUACCACUCCACGUUGGCCACAAGCCAAUGGUGAGGUGAAGAGACAAAACAACGCAUUGUUAAAGUGUAUGAGAAUAGCACAAGCGCAAGGUCAAGAUUGGAAGAAAGAGCUGAACAAGUUCUUGUUAGCUUAUCGUACAACUCCACAUUCAACUACAGGAGCAUUAUGUAGUAAAGCUCACCUAAACAGCAGUCUAUCAGAAAUAUUGCGAGUUACUUGGCCUGGUGUUUUGCCACCCACACUGAGAAGAGUUCCAACCAACAAACGCAACUCACUCAAAGUAGCUUGGAAUGACUUGUAUAGUACUGGUGGUGUAAAGAUUGCUAGCUUUAAGGGUGUAUGUGUAGAAGUGACAAGUGAGAAUCAUAAACGUAGAGGGUCUAAGAAUGAAGUCGUCAGAAAAGAAGCAGGACCUUUACAUCCAGAUGCAAGGACCACAGAAUUACUGCAACAUCUCAGUCUAUAUCAGUACACAAGUGUUGAUUCACCUGGAGUCAAGCCUCCCGAUGCUCAGGCUGCUAGAUUGUCUUCCACACUGGUUGAUGUAGAGAAUAGUUUAAAACAUUGUUUAUUGAAAUUAGAGAAACUGUCAGGUACAAUGUAUGUAGAUGUUGAGUGGACGCCAGCUGAGGAUGAUGGAGAUGCACUUGUCAAUGGUUACCAAGUCCUUGUCAAUGGCAAACAAUAUGGAUCUCUGCUUAAUACAUAUGUAAAUCAUACAAGACUUAAAUUAAAUGCCUAUGAUCUGGUGCACAGAAUCAGUAUUGUAACCGUUACCAACCAUCCAGUGGGUAACAGUGAACCAUCAGAUGAGAUUGCUGUCUUCACAGAACCAUUCCUACCAUUUGCCACGUUCUGUUUCCAUAACAUACACAGUAAAGAUGUCAGAUUCCCAGAGGAAGGCUGCUGUGCGUAUUCUGAUAGCUUGUCAAAGGAACUGAAUUCAGACAGUCUUGGUACUUACAACAUAGCUGCAGUUAAUUUAGGAACUUUACGUCGCAGAGUUCCACCUGCUGCAGUUACAGUAUUAGAUGUCUUUGAAGGAGCUUGGCACUUAUUGAUACCAACAAAACUAAGAAAACCAACUAUCAUCUUGUUUUGGACAAAAUGGUGUCUUGCAUCAAAAAUAGCAAUGAAGUCAUUUGUACGUUAUUCCAGAGGCCAUGGAAAAAGAAUUUCCUUUAUUACCUGUUGUUGCGCCAGUUAUGAAUCUACCACAAACCAUAGACAUUCUUUAGCAGAGGUUAUUGUAGAGAAUGCUUGGAGAGAUGAUAAGUGCAUCCGUCAUUGCUGUUCAUGUCAUUCUACUUCUCCUGGAUUCAACCCAGCCAAGAAAAGCACUGCUAAUAAUAAGCAUAAAUCGGGAAAAGAGGUGCUCUACAAUUAA